GGCAGUGACAUUUUUUGCAAAGGUCCUGUGAAUGCUUCGCGAUCGCUCGAAAUCUCAGAACGCUCAUGGCCGCGGUCAAGGUCAUAAAUCACACUCCUUUCGUCCCCCGUCUGCCAAAGGAUGUCCCGCUCCCACCAAGUCCCGCAGAAUCCACAAGUCCGCCACCCCCAGUGAAGAAGAAAACUAGAAAGAACAAGACGAAAGAGAAAGAGAAGGAGAAAGUUAAGGAAGGCGUGCAGGGGACGAAGAAGCAGGGAGAGCAAGAGAGGGAGAAUGCGAAUGAACAACGCGGAAGCGGGGUGCCACAACUAGAGCCACUAAAACCUCUGACAUGGACAUCCCUGACUGAUUCGAACUCCAAUUCACAUCCACCAAUAUUCACGAAAGAUGGGAGCCACUUCUUUUCCAUCGUCGGGGAAAGAAUUAAGAUACAUUCUACAUCAUCUGGCAAGGUGGUUUCUACAUUACCAGGGCCACAGGAUGAUGGUCACCAGGAUAUCAUCACAUCUGCUAUCCUCAGUGCACACAAUGCAUUUCAACUCAUCACCGCUUCUUUGGACGGCACUCUCAAGAUUUGGGAUUUUCUCGAAGGCAUAUUGUUACUCACGAUCAACCUCGAGCAGCCUAUCCAUCACGUGUGCGCUCAUGAAAAGAUAAAAGAUUACGUUUUUGUUGCCACUGCAAAAGCGAAGAAGGGAAACGGAAAUGCUGAUGAACAGCCAAAACAGAACCGGUCUGCGAAGGCUCCAUCAGAAGAGAGCUGUAUCAUCUUACGUGUGUCGCUUAAGCCUCAAAAUCCCGCUUCAGGCGCAAAAUGGCACAAGUCAUCUCAGGUCACACCGGUAGGCAAGACCAGGUACACAGCAGGGCUUGCAGUAUCUGCAAGCGGUGAAUGGCUGAUUGCGGUCGCGGGUCACAAAGCCUAUGUUGCACAAGUUUCUGCAUUGAAGUCUGGAUUUACAAAAUACGUUUCAACCGAUGCAUUGACAUGUUUGGCGGUCCAUCCAUUAGAGGACUAUUUCGCGACGGGAGACGCAAAGGGUGUCGUGCGGCUAUGGUACUGCUUAAACCAGAGCAGGCCAGUAGUUGCUAACGUAGAAAAGCGAUCGCAAACCUCUAUGCUUCAUUGGCAUGCCCAUGCGAUUUCAUCUAUUGCGUUCACCACGAACGGGGCGUAUCUGCUAUCCGGCGGUGAAGAAGCUGUUCUCGUGAUAUGGCAGCUACACUCCGGAAAGAAGGAGUUUGUGCCCCGAGUUGGCUCGGCCAUCAAAAGUGUCGUGGUCUCGCGCGGUUCUGCUGCUGAGGAAGAGUACCUUCUUGGGUUGGCGGAUGCAAGUUUUGCAUUUGUCAGUUCUGCCACGCUCAAGCUAUCGCGAGUUUUUUCUCGCAUAAAACUAGACUCCGUCACGUCAAGUGCCUGGGCAUCCUCGUCCUCCGCCACACCACUUGCAGUCCAUCCGUUAUCAUCGACACUCGUUCUUCCCUCUUCUCACCCUUCUUCACUACAAACCUACUCUCCUUCGUCAUCCAUGCUCGUUGCAGAGCUCGAGGUGUCACCUUCGAACCGAGUGUCAAGACAAGAAGACAAGAUGUUGGAGCCAUCGCGAGUAGAACGUGUGGGAACGAGUCAUUCCGUGGCGAGAUAUACCUCAAGAUAUGGUGGUGGGACAAGAAAUCCGCUUUUUGGAUAUUGAAUACCAGAGUAGACCGGCCGCAUGGCCUGAGCAAGGUCACUUCUCUGUCUUUUAGUCCUUCAGAUGACAUCCAGCUGGUGACUACUGGUGAGGAUAG